CUUCCAUCGUACUCAUGCAAGCCUUGCAGUUACCACAUCCACCUAAAAUGUUCCGAAUUACCUAAAAAAAUCAGACACCCUUUCGACAAAAACCAUCUCCUCUCUGAUCCCUUCUCCCAAAUACCAAGAAGGACGAUUCCGCUGCGAUGCAUGCGGAAAAGAGGGUGACGGCUUCGCUUAUACCACUGCGGAGACUGCGGAAUCGAUCUUCACACGGUUUGUGCCAACAUGCCUUCUCGAGUCACCCACCAAUCUCACCCUCACCACCAACUUUCUUUAACGUUUUCCGUGCCACCGGGAGGACCAGGAUCCGUUACGGCAUCUAGCUUCCGCUGUUGCAUUUGCCGUGGUCUAGGGUCUAACUCGUGGCUCUAUAGCUGCAGAGAGUGUGGUGGAUUCGAUGCUCAUUUGUUGUGCGCUAGAAGAAAAUUAGCUGCUACUACAAAUUUGGUCCAGCAUGUUCAAAACCGGAUGCAAUCGCAGCUAAUUAGUACGGCGCCUUUUGUUAAUGUUCCUGGUCCGGUUAUUAAUAAUAAACCGUAUCCUUUGGUGGUGCCGACAACUACGAGUCCUAUGAUUAGAUCGAUGAUUAAUGAGAUGAUUAAUAAUCUUGUAACCAAUACACCGCAAAAUCCAAGCCAGGUCUCUCAGCUUCAUGAAUUGCUCGGACCAUUGGGAAUGGGCAGUGGCGGACCGGUUGAUGGACCCGGUUCAUCUUCGUCUUCUGGUUUUCCGGUUUUGAUCCGUUGGUUUUCACAUCAGUUGACCCGUCGGUGUUUGCUGGAUUUGACCCUUCUUUGCUUUCUACUUUAUUCUCCGGACUUGAUUUCUUCUCCUGAUUAAUGUUUUCGAACAUGCAGAUCUCUAUACCUUUUGACCUAUUUUUAUUCAUUAGUAUCAUUACGUUUCUAGAGAAAUAUAAUUUGAGUUAUCUACUCAAUGUUAUUGCG